AUGGUGCAAACUAGAGGUUCUAGUCAUCGUCGCCACGAGCAUCAUCACCAUCAUCAUCACCAUUAUCUUCUUCACAAAGAAAGAAAAGAUUCUGCCUCUGUCAUCGAUUCUGUUCCGUCCAUAUCCGUUCUUGACGAAUACGCAGACUUCAAUAUCAUCGAGGCUCCUGAUUUUGAACCAUCUGAUGAUGAGUCAGUUCAGUCUCAUGAGAAAGUGUUGGAUAGGAUACGAGAUGAAAAAGGCCAUAUUGAUUUAGGCAUGUUCCGGAAGAGGAAAUGCAAUGAUCAGGGAUUUGAAUUGGACAUCCAACUGGGUAGUGAAAUGCCCGAGCAAAAGUCGAAUGCUUUACAAGUGAACACGAACAACUCCAAAAACAUUGUCGAGUACGAGUUUGGUGAUAAAGGAAGUGUUUGGAGGAUGAUGAAGCUAGAAAAGACUCUCGAGGUUGGCAGAAGCAGUAAUAUAGAAGAGGUGGCUCUUGAACGUUAUGGUGAUCUCCAGCUCUUUCAUGAUGCUCUAGACGAGAAAAAAGAGUUAGAAAGGAGACUUUCAGUGAAGGAUGAGAGUAAGUGGGUGUAUGGCCCUGAAGUCAAGCGUGAUGAAAUUUCCGAUUCUGCUACUAAUAAGGUUUUCGUCCCUACUCCUGAAAUCACCUCCGCUGAUAUAUCUACAGCCAGACUUGACAUGCUGAAGUCACGGAUUAGAAAGCUACCAGAUUAUAAGAUUAAAGAAGAUCGAUAUCAUCAGCUGAAAGAGCAGUAUGAUGAAGGCCUCCAUCAUGCUCCGCUUUCCAGUUUUCAUAAGGUGAAGCUGCCCACUGAAGUUGCUGUUGAUGAGAAUGAUAUGACUAUCGACCAAUUACUAAGACAAGAAAGGCUGACCAGCGUCAGAUCUGAAUUAGAAGCCAGUGCUAAACAGCUUGCUUCGGUUCAUUCGUUUGAUGACCGAGAUUUGGAUUAUCAAGAUGAAAUAGCGUCACAAUUUGCCCACCUAGAUGGAGGUAAGAACAGGACCAAGAGUCUAAAACUGAUAGAUAAUCCAAAAUUGGCUCGGUCUAUUCGAACUUGUUUUUACUGCUGUGAUAAUAGAACGUCCAAUCCCCUAAUGGUCAAAUCAUCCGAUUCAUUUUAUAUCACACUAAUGCCACAGCCGGAAAUAACUCAUCAUGGUUGUAUGAUUGUUCCUCACGAACAUCUUCGAAACUCGUUACAACUUGAUACAGAGCAAUUCCAGGAGCUUCGAGAUAUUAUGCAGGAGCUUUCAUUAUUCUACUACAACGAAUACCACGAGAGUGUGAUAUUCUAUGAGAAUUCGGUUCUGGAAACUUCACACUUUACAAUCGGAGUGAUGCCUUUACCUCUCACUUACACUCCUAGCGUGCUAAAAACUUACUUUGUGGACGGAAUCAUGCAGCAGUAUGAUGAAAAUACUAGCAGUCAUCAACCCCUUAUUAUGACAAGUAGAGAAAGACCAUACGAUUCCCUCAUCGCUAAGGAAGCUCCUUACUACCAUGUUUGGUUCACAUUGGACGGUGGUCUAGGCCAUAUAGUGGAAAAUAAAGGUUGGCCAAAAGGAGACCUGUUCACACGGCAGGUGGUUGGUGGACUACUCGAUGUAGACCAGUUCAAGAUCAGAGCUAAAACGAGGAUUGUCGACGACCCUGGCUUGAUCAAAACAUUCAAGGAAAAGUUAGGGGAUUGA